GCCGCCGCCACCGCCGGGAGCGCGGGCCGGGAGCGAGAGCCGCGGGGCGGACAGCCGGCCCCGCCGCCAGACGGCUCGGCGCCACCAGGUGAACGGACAUGGCGGGCUGGAUCCAAGCCCAGCAGCUGCAGGGAGAUGCGCUGCGCCAGAUGCAGGUGCUGUAUGGACAGCACUUCCCCAUCGAGGUUCGGCACUACUUGGCGCAGUGGAUCGAGAGCCAGCCAUGGGAUGCCAUCGAUCUGGACAAUCCCCAGGACCGAGCCCAGGCCACCCAGCUCCUGGAGGGCCUGGUGCAGGAGCUGCAGAAGAAGGCAGAGCACCAAGUCGGGGAAGAUGGGUUCUUACUGAAGAUCAAGCUGGGGCACUAUGCCACACAGCUCCAGGUGGGUGUGUACGCGGGGUCAUCUGCAGGAAAGUAGUGUCUGCCUUCUCUUUCCAGCCACAGAACCUCUGGGUUUUUUCCUGGCCUGGUCACUGACUCACCGUGUGACCCUGAGCUAAUCGAACACGUACGACCGCUGUCCCAUGGAGCUGGUCCGCU